CCAUUGGUCGAGGCCACGCCAUGUAGGCUGCAUAUGCGUCACCACACGCACAAACCCUGUUGUUCCAUUUAAUAAAAUAAAAAAUAAACAUUACCUCCAAAAAAAGCAAGACCCAACACCGAACAAAUUGAAUUCUAUUUUCUCGAGAGAUUUAGAUCUAAAAACAGUGUUUUCUUCUAAGAAGGUCAAGUUAUGAAGUUAAGAGAUGGAAGUGAAUUCACUCUGCUAGUAUUGUUACUGUGCUUAACAACUCUCUCUCUUAAAACAGAAGCUGUGUGGAUGACAAUUCCCAGUUCAGGAACAAAGUGCGUGUCUGAGGAUAUCCAAACACACGUUGUCGUUUUAGCUGAUUACUAUGUUGUCACUGAAGAAGGUCCUCAGCUUCAAACAAUUUCCGCCAAGGUAACUUCUCCUUAUGGAAACAACCUUCACCACAAUGAAAAUGUUACACAAGGGCAGUUUGCAUUCACAACUACUGAAAGUGGAAAUUAUGUUGCGUGCUUUUGGAUGGGUGGAAAUCAACAAGAAGGUGCAACUGCAAGUGUAAACCUUGAUUGGAAAACUGGAAUUGCAGCCAAGGAUUGGGAUUCUGUUGCAAAGAAAGAAAAGAUUGAGGGUGUUGGACUUGAACUCUUAAAGCUUGAAGGAAUAGUGGAUGCCAUCCACCAAUAUCUAACUUACUUGAAGGACAAGGAAGCAAAGCUGAGGGAAGUGAGUGAAAAAACAAAUGCUAGAGUGGCAUGGUUUAGCAUCAUGUCUCUUGGUCUCUGCAUUUUUGUUUCGGCAUUGCAACUCUGGUAUCUCAGGAGCUACUUUCGAAAGAAGAAACUCAUAUAGAUAUAGGUAUUGAUAUUUAUACGAGACUCGUUGACAAAAUUAUUUUUCUUUGAGAUUCUGGUUGAAGUAAGUAGCUGUCCAACAAUCAAGGAACCAAGAAGAAGCACUCGCAUCGCAAUAGGUUUCCAAACAGAAUGCUCAAUGAUUAUUGGUAUAUAAGAUAAGAAUCGAGUAUGACGUGAAGGGAGUGGAAUGUGUACUUCUUGUCAUUCUUCUUGGAUUUUCCCUAUGUUCUUUUGUUUUCAGUGUUUGUAGAAUCUCAUUCAUGUGUAUUACAGAGCAGCUAUGACUACCACCAUUGUCUCGUUUAAUAGAUUAGACCCGACCAUUAGGUCCAUGCACCAUGUUUCUAUCUUUGGGGUUGAACUUGAUAUGUUUCAUCGUCCCAUUGGUGGAAUUUAAGUAAAUAAUUUUGAUAAUUGUUAUAA